AUGUAAUAAAAGUAGUCUAAAAAAUCUAAAGAGGAAGAACCAAUUUUCAAUGGAACAUUCAAAGACAACAGUGAUGACGAAAAUGAUGAUAAAAGAAAGAAAUAAACUCUGAUUAUUAAUGUGUCUGAUACAAAAUAUGAUGUUGUGAAAUUUGUUGGGAAAAAGAUAUUCAAAUGGAUAUUGUAAUAUGAACCUGAUGGAGUCAAUUGGGAUAUGUUUUGGACUGAUGCAGCUGUUUAACCAGAAACCUUAGGCAAAAUGUAACCUCAUCAAAAGAUAAAUCACUUUCCUGGGAUGUAUUCACUUGCUCGUAAAAACCAUCUUGGUAGAAAUUUGAUGAAGAUGAGAAAACAAUUCCCAAAUGAUUAUAAAUUCUUCCCCUAAACAUGGCUAUUGCCAGCUGAAUAUGGAGAUUUCAAAAAUUAAUUUGUCAAAGGAAAAGUAAGAACAUUCAUAGUAAAACCAGAAGCAAGUUGUUAAGGAAGAGGAAUAUUUCUGACCAGAAGUAUCAAUGACAUCAACCCAACUGAUCAUUAUGUGGCAUAAAGAUAUAUGCAUAGACCAUUUUUGAUAGAUGGUUUGAAAUUUGAUUUGAGAAUCUAUGUGUUAUUAGCUGGAACAGAUCCUAUGAGAAUAUAUGUAUAUUAAGACGGCUUAGUAAGAUUUGCAACUGAACAAUACGUUACUCCAACUACUAAUAAUUUGGAGGAUGUUUGUAUGCAUUUAACAAAUUAUGCUAUCAAUAAGGAGAAUCCCAACUUUGUAUUUAAUAAUGAUGCUACCAAAAUGGAUGUUGGACACAAAAGGUCCAUUAAAUCAGUCUUUGGUAAGUUAUAAGAAGAAGGACAUAAUAUAUAGAAGUUAUGGUAGGAUAUGUAUAAAUUAUUCAUCAAAACCUUCUGCACUGUCUAGCCAAUUCUCAAUCAUCAUUACAAAUCAUGUUAACCUGAUAACUACGCUAAUAAUAUGUGUUUUGAAAUUCUAGGAAUGGAUAUCUUCAUUAAUGAUAAAUUAAGACCAUCUUUAUUAGAAGUUAAUCACACUCCCAGUUUUACUACAGACACACCUUUGGAUUCAUUAAUAAAGAAGAAUCUUAUUAGAGAUACUUUAAAAUUGAUGAAUGUAAGUCUAAAAGCUAAAGAAGAAAUAAUAGCAUCAAGGAGAGAGUAAUUAUAAUAAAGAGUUUUGACAGGCAAGAAAUAGAAAUUAACUUAAGAAGAGAAAUAAUUACUAAUUAAAUAAUGGUCAGAAUAAAGAGAUCAACAUGAAAAUAAUAAUUUAGGCGAUUAUAUCAAAAUAUACCCUUUGGAGGAUGCCCAUGAAUAUGAUAAAUUCAUUGAAUUUUCUUCUCAAUUAUAAGACAAUUGGACUGGAGCAAAUAUCAGAAGAAACUAAAAAAAAGAACCAUCUGAAACUCAACAAUUCCAAAUUAGCAAACCUCCAACCAUUCCUGUUAAAAAACCAAACACUCCUUAAAUGUUACCUAAAAUUAGUGAAAGACAAAAUAGAAUUCAUCAAUCAAUUGAACCAAAUGCUGAAAUCAAAAGUAAAACAUAAUCAAGCUUAGGAAAAAGUACUAAAGAAUCAAAAAGAUAAGUAUCUGAUCCUCCUAUACCUAAACAACAUUAAAGUAUGAGAAAUGUGUAGUAACCACCUCAAUAACAAUAACAAUUGCCAUUAAAAUCAUGUUUAUAACCUAAAUUGUUUGAAUUAGACAUCUUAAGCUCACAAAAUAGAUCAAAUUCUUAGAGUAAAAAAUUAAAUUAGUUCAAACUACAAUGAUAACUUAAUAUCCAUCAUAUUAUAUUUAUUCACUAUAAAUUUUACAGUGA